UAACCAAACCCAAAAAUGUUGAUCGAAUUGCAGUGUGCGAAUUGGACCGUGAAACAUGGUCGUUCGUCGGCUGUGAAUCCAGCCGGCAGGAUGGGCCAUCCCAGUGGUGGAUGCAUCACGCCGUGGUUGCUCCUCUUCCUGUUGGCCGCAUCGUCGUCGAACGCCGACAAUUUGGCUCUCCUGUCGGGAACGUUGCGAACUAUUCAGCGAGCCGCAUGUGACGGUGAGACUUUGACGCUUCGCUGUCCCCUGGGCACGGCCGUUUCCAUCCAGCUGGCACAAUACGGAAGGCCAGCGCCGGGCGUGGCACUCUGUUCGCAACAACAGCAUCCGCCCGAUCCGCCCGCUUUGACAGCCGUUGACGGGAAUCAAUUGCAGCAAAAUGCAAACAACGACACGUGCACACUGACUCCUCAGAUGCAGCACGCGUUACUUCAAACCGUAGUCGAAGCCUGCAUGAAGAAGAGACACUGCAAAUUUACUACAUCGCCGAGCAAUAGCAAAGACACGGCUGUUGUUGUUCCAGCUUCUCCAUCGUGUCCUGGCCAACCGCCAAAGUUUGUCGAAGUGGCUUACAAGUGCCGUCCGCUGGAAUUCCGGAGUAAAAUCAUUUGCGAGAACGAAACGAUCCAGCUGAAAUGCAAACGAAACGCUCGCAUUGCCAUCUAUUCGGCCACUUUUGGGCGUGUUCAAUUCCAGAGCGCCCAGUGCCUCCAGCCGCCCGGAGUCGACGAUGAGACUUGUGAAGCCAGCUUUUCAACGGAGACGGUCAUGCAAAUGUGUCACGGCAAACGCCGGUGUACCCUGAACGCAUCGUCCUCUACUUUCGGAAACCCUUGCAGUCCCCAAUCUCACCUUUACCUCCGAGUCGUCUACACUUGUGUUUCACGGAAGAUCUUGAAAGAUCAUUACCAAGGAGAGCUGGAAGAUGAUGAAGUGCCGGAUCAUCAAACGUCGUUCGACAAUGAGGACCUGAUGAGCGAGAACUCAUUCGAAUCGGAAGACUACGCCGAACCGGUUUCGUCUGCCACGUCCAUUCCUCCUCGACACGUCGCAGCGCAAGAUGACGCUAGCAAUUACGACCAAGCGAAUAACUACAGAACGACGGACCGACCUUUCGGCGACCAGCAAGCCAAGCGUGGCGGAUUUAUCGGCGAUGCCGGCGUCGUCGUAGAUGUUGAUGACAUGCUAGGCGAUAUUGGAAGUGACGGCGGCGGUGGCCACAGGGACUCCCGCCGUCGACAGGAAUGGCCGCAGCCUUCCGAUCGGGACAGCAACGCGGCACGCGGUAACGGACUGGACAUCCAAGCCAACUCGUCGCAGCAGAACGUCUUUGGUUUCAUCACAGAUUGGAUCACAUCUGUAUCGUUUAUGAAAGAGAAUCAAGAAAAAUUCAUCCUCUAUCUGACGCUAAGCAUUGCAGCCGGAAUUCUUGUGGUGUUGACCUUACUGAUAGCCCGGAUGUGGUGGCAAAAACGACGAGGACGACGAGAGGCAAAAUCGCUUCACUCUUCCGAUCCCAUACCGGCCUUUGCUGAUGACGUUAGUGACGUGGAUAAUGACAUUGACUUGACCAGCUUAUCUCUGCCGCCUCCUCCGCCACUCCUUUCCGAACUCACCAGCUUGAACGGAACAAUGACUACAGGACCCGUCCCCAGUGCCGAAGGUGUUUAUUCUACGCAAUACGGCUACUCCGGGCAGCACGGUGGUGUGGGCACAAUACGACGUUCCACUGUCGAAGAAGGCGAUACGCACCCUCGUAGUUUCAUCCGCAACGGGAAUAACAGUCACUACUAUUACGGCUAGAAAGGAACUUCGUUUUCUCGCUGCUACGCAUUCGAUGAUCAGGGCCAUUGACAUCGUAUUGGAAUGUAUAUAGUUUUUCGCUUACUAGUUGGAUCAUCAUUCAUGUAUACAGGAUAAAAUCUCUGCAAAAUGUUAUUUCUAUUCUCUCUGGAUUUCUAUAACAGCAACACGAAAAAAGUUAAUAAAAAAAAAAACGUUUGGUUUUUCACUAAAUAUACUCUGAUAUUUCGGAGAAAACUGGUUGAUUUCACAUUCUUCGAUAUCACUAUUUUUACCAACUACCCUCCACUGGCUGUACAUAACUUGAUUAUUUAACAUUUGGCAAGGAUCUUUGUUGUUUCAAAACAUACAGAAUGAACUUACGAUUACUUGCUCCGUUAUAUCAUACCGCUGUAAACAACUUCGCAAUUAAUCAUGAUGUGUGUGAUUUCUAAAUAUGUCACAUUGGUUGGUUAUCAUGUCAAAAUGGAAAUAUAUCUUAUACAUUUCAACUAA